AGAUCUAUAUAUGCAACACACUAAAACACACUACUUCACCUCUACAAUACACACAGAUCUCACCUAUACUUACACAUGGAAGAAGCUAGAAGGCGCCAGAUGUGUCUUAGCUAUGUCUUGUUGCUCGCGAUUUCUUCGCUCGCUUGUGUUCUAGCUUCUGAUGCCGAUACGAUUUUCUAUGAGCCGUUCGAUGAGGAGUUUAGUGGACGGUGGAUCGUUUCUGAGAAGGAUGAAUAUCAAGGUGCAUGGAAGCACUCAAAAAGUGAAGGACAUGAGGAUUAUGGGCUUCUCGUGAGUGAGCCGGCCAGGAAGUAUGCAAUUGUGAAGGAGCUUGAGGAACCUGUAAAUCUCAAGGACGGAACUGUUGUUCUCCAAUUUGAGACACGUCUUCAAAAUGGCCUUGAGUGUGGUGGUGCGUAUCUCAAAUAUCUCCGACCCCAGGAAGCUGGGUGGGUGCCGAAGGGAUUUGACAAUGAAUCUCCAUACUCAAUAAUGUUUGGACCUGAUAAAUGUGGGGCUACAAACAAAGUCCACUUUAUUCUAAAACAUAAAAACCCAAAGAGUGGAGAGUAUGUUGAGCAUCAUGUCAAGAACCCACCAUCAGUGCCAUCAGACAAAUUGACCCAUGUGUACACUGCCAUUUUGAAGCCUGAUAACGAGAUAAGGAUCUUGGUUGAUGGAGAAGAAAAGAAAAAGGUCAACAUUCUAUCAGCUGAUGACUUUGAGCCAGCACUAAUUCCAGCCAAGACUAUCCCUGAUCCAGAUGAUAAGAAGCCUGAGGAUUGGGAUGAGAGAGCUAAGAUUCCAGAUCCAGAUGCCACAAAACCAGAUGAUUGGGACGAGGAUGCACCUAUGGAAAUUGAAGAUGAGGAAGCUACAAAACCUGAAGGAUGGUUGGAUGAUGAGCCUGAGGAAAUUGAAGAUCCCGAGGCAUCCAAACCUGAAGAUUGGGAUGAUGAGGAGGAUGGUGAAUGGGAGGCUCCAAAGAUUGAUAACCCUAAGUGUGAGGAGGCUCCUGGCUGUGGUGAGUGGAAGAAGCCAAUGAAGAGUAACCCAGCAUACAAAGGUAAAUGGCAUGCUCCACUUAUCGACAACCCCAGCUACAAGGGUAUAUGGAAGCCUCAGCAAAUUCCAAACCCCAUCUACUUUGAACUUGACAGACCAGAUUAUGAGCCAAUUGCUGCAAUUGGCAUUGAGAUUUGGACAAUGCAAGAUGGCAUAUUGUUCGACAACAUUUUGAUAGCAAGUGAUGAGAAGGUUGCUGAAUCAUACAGGCAGACAAAAUGGAAGCCAAAGUUUGAUGUGGAGAAAGAGAAACAGAAGGCUGAGGAAGAAGCAAGCAGUGCGUCAGAUGGUCUCAAGGGCAUCCAGAAGAAGGUGUUUGAACUACUCUACAAGAUUGCGGACAUUCCUUUCCUGCAGAACCACAAAUUCAAAAUUUUGGAUGCUAUUGAGAAGGCUGAGAAGCAACCAAACCUUACAAUUGGCGUACUUGUCUCUAUAGUGGUGGUUUUCUUCUCAGUUCUGCUAAAACUUCUCUUUGGUGGAAAGAAGCCUCAGACAAAGGUCACUGCUGAAGUAAAGAAGACUGAUGCAGCUGAGCCUUCAAGCAUUCAGGAAAGUGACGAGAAGAAGGAUGACAGUGAUGAUACAGCAGCACCUCGGAGGAGGACUGUUCGGCGUGAUGACUAAGAUGGAUAGAGAAUGGUCCAUCCUUGAAAGUGGUAAUGUUUUAGCCAUAGAAUUAGUGGCAGACCACCAGGCAUGAUAAUUACAGCAGAAAGAGAUUCUGAUCUACUUUUGAUUCUUGAAAUGUAGUUUCGAGCUUUUGGCUCUGUUAGAUCAUAGAUUUUAGUUCUUUUUCCUCUUGAAUUAUCGGUUUUUCAAAUUUGUACUCAGCUUCCUUAUUUUAUUGACAUAUGACCGUGUAUAUGAGAUUCUAUCCGUUAGUUUUCUUGUUGCUCA